CAUUACCGGGAACUUCACCAAGAGACGUUCGAAAAAUACCUUAGGGGGAGAGUGGAAUUUUAUUCCGACAGUUGGAUCAAAGAGCCAUCGCCCGAAGCAAUUCGAGUGCAUUUCAGAAUCUUCGACGUAGAGCUAAUAAACCAACCUAUCGAUAUUGUUUUCGGCUGCAUUCAAGACCGGAACCGCGGACGUUGUUCAAAGACGAUCGAAAGAAACGCGAUGAAAAAUUCAUACGCUCUGAAGCGCUACACGCUUGCAAAGAGGGAAGGGGGCAAGGCGAUCCUCUUGCAUUCUCCGCGUUUCCGCGUAGUUUCGUAUGCAAAUCCGUUUCUACAAUUCCGACAGCUCGUUCCCCGUGUUCAUCUUCCGUUUCAAACCUCCGACGAUGUGGUUGAAAUUAUUAUAACCUACAGCAACAUUAUCCGUGUGUCGGUCGUCUAAUUAACUCAAUGUUCAUUUCGGGGAGCUUCUCUCAUGCCGACUUAUUCGUUCGUUAUUCAUUCAUUUAUUAAUUAACUUGUGCACUAGUGAAAUUUCUGACAAAUUCAGAAUUCACAGGGGAAUUAGAACUUUGACUAUUACGCCGGCUUUGUAAUUUUUUUAUUUCACUUUGGAACUUUCGUUCUCCUUUGGAAAUUUAUCGAGAACUUCAUUUUGCUCGUUGCUCUCGUAUGAUUUGGAGGUUAGAAUUGGCAAUAUGGCGUACUGUCUAGUGAAAUUUUUCGCACGGAUUUGGAAUCUAGGCGGAUCGCGCGGAUUUUCAUUCUUCCAAUGAAAAGUUUUUUGUCUAUCUUGGAAAAUUUACAAUUCGAAGGAUUCGGGAUCUUACACCGGGAAAACUUUCAUAUAUAUUUUGCUCGAUUAAUUUACUUUGUAUCCAGGGUUGUUGGCAAUCUUGAGCUGCGCCAUCCUGAAGAAUUAAAAUUCCCUACGUUGUCAUUAAAAGGAUGUCGAGAAAUUCGAAGAUGCCGU